AUCCGUUAUUAAACAUGUAGUCCGCGACGCGUGAAGUUGCCUCCGCCUGGUCGAGGAAGUGUAGUGUGAUUCCUGAACUUUGAACUUUAUUCUUCGCUUCGUAAAAGUCCAUACUUCACACGAAGAGGAAAUGAGAUUCCGUAUUGAAUAGAGAAAAAAAUUUUCCAGCACACUCAGUGAACCUCAUCAUCCCUGGAACAAUAGGCUAAAAAAUGAUCAAAGACUUGUACAUCACACAUGUCGAGGCCUUUGGUGGCCUCCUUCAAGUGUGGGCGCAGUGCGACAUGACAAAUUGCGAAAAAUUGGAAAGGAACAUCAAAAAGGUCUCUAACCUUUUAGAAACAAAUGUCAUCACAAAUCCUAUCGAACAGCUCUCUAACGGAAAACUCUGUCUAUUGAAACUGAGAAACGACGAAUAUUUCCGGGUGAAAAUCCUGUCGCUCCAAAAACUAGAGCAACAAACCAUCCCUGUGUUUCUGGUGGACUAUGGUAAUAUUAUUGAAGUCCGUCUCCAGAGUUUAAGACUAAUAGAUACACACCAAGCUAUGAAUCCUUUCAUCACCGGAAUUCCAUUCUUGGCGUCUCUUUUCUACGUUGCUGAGGUUCAAGCACCCGGCAAUGGUUGGCCUCCUCAAGUGAUGGACUUCAUCAGGCAAAUCUUGGCUUGCAAAUGUUUCAAAUGUAAUAUUUUAGACGGAGAGAUACUAAAGAACUUGAUUCAGAUUUUUGUUGCGAUAAACCCGCCAACCACCCUCUCAACUAUUCUACUCUCAAGAGGUGUUGCAAACUACAUCACUGUUCAAACACAAACGGCUUUCAUUCAAUCUUUGACUCGACCUAACGGCCAAGAACAACGUCUGGCUCCUCCGAAAUCGGUGAUUAAAACCGAUGCAACUGUGAAUGCUCCGGGUGUAAUUACGAGAAUUACACAAUCGAUGACACCAAUAUCAACCGAUAUGAUUGGCUCAUCUAGUGGCAUCGUCAGUGUUCCUGUACCUGCUGCUCCUUCCACGCCCCCCAUCUUACGGAAUCCCACUCCAGACAUCACCGUUAAGCAAUUUAUUACAGUUAAAUUUACACCCGGCUCUAGGCACACCGUGUAUAUUUCACACGUGGAGGAUGGAGUGUUUGCUUUCGCUGUCCAUUUAAAGGCUGAUGCUGAGAAUUCGCUCCCUGACUUGAUGAAUGAAAUAAAUGGAAGCUACAAACCUGAGCCAAUUGAGGGCAUUUUGAUGCCUGGCGCACCGUGCCUUGCAAACUCCCCCUCGGACCGAGUUAUAUAUCGAGCCGUUGUAAUGGAUGUGGCAGAGAAUCAGGUUAAAGUCUAUUAUGUGGAUUUUGGACACUCGGAGUGUUUAUCUCCUUCGGACAUUUUCAAGAUUCCAACCGAAUUCAUGACACAAAAAGUUAUGGCCACGAAAUUUUCGCUAGCCGGCGUUAGAGAAGACCCCGCAUGGAGACUAAAGACUGUGAAAACCUACUUCCUUGGGUUUGUUUAUGACAAAGAAUUAAUCAUGGAUGUCACAAGUAACAAAACACCUUCGCCAACACAUUCUUGCGAUUUAUACUACAACGGUUACAAUGUCAGAGAGUUAUUGCAGGAGCAGUUGGAUAAAAUUGUUCCGUUCGCCCACCGUGACCCUUUGACCAUUGCAGUGUUCAAGUGAAGGUCAACGUGAUAGGCUUUACAAUUGAAUUGAGCUGCCAAGUAGUUGCUGAUUUGGUUAAUAGUUGUUUGCAUAUUGCAGAGAAAUCAAGUUCCUCCUUUCCACGAUGAGAUGAUCGACUCCUAGUCCUAUUUUAAUCUCGGAAAACUACACGGGAAAAAAUGGAUUUCUGAUUUAACAAUUCAAUUGUUGAAAAAUAUGUCAGACAUGUUUCAAAUGUACCUUUUACAAUAGUGGAAAGCUAAUAUAACCACAAAGGCGGUUAAAUUAGCAUUCUUUAAUUGUAAAAUGUACAUUGGAUCAUGUUGGAAACUUUUUUUAGCUACAAAAUCGUUAAAUCCGCAAUUUCAUUUUUUUCCGUGUGGUGCUGCCAGUCUUACGAGACCAAAGAUUCUGGGAUUCCUAACUAUUUUAUUCCGAUUUUUCCCGGAUGAAAAUAUACGACAUAGGCUUGAAGAUAGAAGUGUGCAUUUUUUUUUUUUUUUUUUUUUUUUUGGUGGGGGGGGGGCUUCUGGAAUAAGGAAAUAAUAGAUAAGGUUUAGUACGAUUUUUAAAAAAAGAUAAUCGGGUACGUUCUGUUUUUUAAGCUCAGAGAUAAUGUCAACCCACCGCAGGCUGUUAAAAGCGUUUUUAACAUCGAUGCCAGUUAGGCAUAGCAUGUUACGCUUAUUGUAGGGAACUUUGCGAUUACUCUCAUAUAGCUCUAUCACACGUCUCAUGGCUUGCACAGUCGAGCGUUCUUAACAAUCGAGUUGUGUUCAUUCCACGGAGAAAUUCCCGGGUUGAAUUCGACGGGUUAAGUCGGGGGUUAAUAGGACUAUCUUUAUUAAUCUUAUGAGAGUAAGGCUCAGUAACGCGGAAAAUGGCAGGGAACGUCCAUUAGAAAAGACGACGGAUUUGAAAAUUUCAAUUUUUAAAGAAGGGAAACAGAGUUUUAAACGGAAUGGUGGGGUCAACGUGAGGUCAAGCAGGCAUUUGAAAGUGAAAUGUGGGGGAGAAAUAACCUGUGAAUGGUUGCACUGUGAACACCAGACGAGAAAGCGCAUUCUUCAGUUUAAAAUAUAGCGGACUGGCUCUAAUAACACGAAAUUGUACAGGAUUUAGAUUAUUCACAUUAUAAUACAUAACAUAAGAUUAGAGCUUAAGGCUAGGAUGAAAAUGGUGGUGCCCUAAACACAAAAUUAGGGUCUGUAGUAAAAAAAAAAGACCGGUGAGACAAACAAAUUGCGGAUCGAAGUUGAACAAUUUCGUCAAAUCAGGGCAUGUUUCUGAAACGUUUCAGAAAUAUUGAAAAAAAGUUUACGGUAAUAUUGUUUUAUUAUUUUUGAAACUUUGCAAACAUAUUUAAAACAUAUAGUUAUGAGAGCACUUUUAUAAUGCCAACAACAUUUCGUAAGUACAUCGUAAAUAUUUACGAUGUAUUUUCGAUGUUAUUGAAAUAUUUACAAAAUAAUAAACAUUUUUUUAAAUGCUUACACAAUUUCGUAAACUAAUUUUUCCUUUUCCUAGUUGGUAAGUAGCGCAUGUGAAGUGUACAUGUUUGCUAGUUGGUGGCGCACUUUAGUUAUGGAGUGUACAUGUUUGCUAGUUGGUGAUGCACUCUAGUUGUGGAGUGUACAAGUGCACGAAACGUACAUCAGACAUUUAUUAUUCGAAUACAUUUUGUACAUUCUGAUGUUACACAGAUUAAUUAGAGACUAUAUUACUAUUGUUGGGCCCGAAACCAUCCUGUUGAAUACUACAUCAGGGAAUUGGGUUUGAGUAUGCAAAACUUCGUACUUGAAUAAAUGAGCACACGCUGCUAAGAAUACUAUUUAACUUAAGAUAAUAUCUGCUCGGAGAUGAGAGCGGGUCUCAUUGCUUGUCCGUGUGAUCAAUCAUUAUAAACCAUUAUUUUUUGACCGGUUUU